AUGAAGAUUUCAAGCUCUUUGUUACAGCGUGCGGCUGCAACCGUUGAUAAAUAUGCCCUCUACGUACCAAAAAGUGGCGUUUUCCCAAAGGGAUUCAAGGUCGCUUCAACGGCAACUGGGGUAAAGAAAAAUGGCAACCUGGAUCUGGGUAUAAUUCUAAACACUAACAAAUCAAGACCUUCUUCCGCAGCAGCAGUAUUCACCACAAAUAAGUUCAAAGCUGCCCCUGUGGUGUUGUCCAAGUCCGUUUUAGACAAAACUGAUGGUGAAGGUGUAGAUGCAAUCAUUGUCAAUUCUGGUUGUGCCAACUCAGUGACAGGCGAAGUGGGGCUAAAAGAUGCUCAAACAAUAGUUGGAGAAGUCAACGAUUUCCUGGGCAAGGGUGAUGCCACUUUGACCAUGUCGACCGGUGUAAUUGGUCAAAGACUGCAAAUGGAUAAAAUCUCCAAAGGUAUCAAACAAAUGUUCCAAAAAGACUCAUUUGGAAGUGACUUCGACUCUUGGUUGGGCCUAGCUAAAUCCAUCAAUACAACAGAUACAUUCCCCAAGUUAGUCACUUCCAAGUUCUCGCUCCCAAAUGGUACCGAGUAUACCUUGACGGGUAUUGCAAAGGGAGCAGGUAUGAUAUGUCCAAAUAUGGCUACUUUAUUGGGCUUCAUCGUCACAGAUUUACCAAUCAAGAGUACUGCUUUACAGUCUAUGCUCCGUUCCUCUGUGGAUCGCUCCUUCAACUGCAUUUCUGUUGAUGGUGAUAUGAGUACUAAUGAUACUAUCUGCAUGAUUGCCAACGGAGCAGUAAAUACCAGUGUUAUCGACGAAUCAUCUCCAGAAUAUGCUCAGGUAAAAUCUCAAGUCACUGAAUUUGCCCAACAACUUGCACAAUUGGUCGUAAGGGAUGGUGAAGGCGCUACCAAGUUUGUUACAGUGAAUGUCAAGAAUGCUUUGAAUUUCAAAGACGCCAAGGUUAUCGCCGAAGCUAUUUCUAACUCGAUGUUAGUCAAGACUGCUCUUUACGGGCAAGACGCCAACUGGGGUAGAAUUUUGUGUGCCAUUGGUUAUGCAAAACUUGGAGACUUAGCAUCUUUGGACCCAACAAAGAUUAACGUAAGCUUUGUAGCUACCGACGAUUCGGAGCCACGCGAAUUGAAAUUAAUCGUCAAUGGAACUCCUCAGCUAGAUGUUGAUGAAGCAAGAGCCUCUGAGAUUUUGAGUUUGCCUGAUUUGGAAGUUCUAGUGAACCUUGGAACAGGUAAAGAAGAAUGCCAAUUUUGGACUUGUGACCUGAGCCAUGAGUACGUCACUAUCAAUGGUGAUUACAGGUCUUAG